AUGUACACAUGCUUUGUUUACAUCUGUAUCCUCAAGUCCAACUCGGGACUAGACAUUGGUGACAUAUUUGAGGCGUCUGCCGUUGGAACUGCCACUCGAGAUACUCAAAAUAUGAUUAUGAAUAAGAAGCAAGGCUCAUUCUCAGGCUCAGUGUAUGGCUCGGGUUCCUGUUCUAUGUGA